AUGAAUUCUUAUACCAAUUGGAAUCAAACUGAUAAGAUUGAUAGUACUACCAAUGUUGUAUCAUCAGCUGGUACUAAUCAUGGUCAUCCACAAUUUAGUCACCAUACAUCCACUCAUCAAAAUUUAACUAGUAAUAAAAGUUAUCCUAGAAUACAAGAUAUGUCUACAUCAUCAUCAAAUCCAAAUCAACUACCACAACAUCAAGGUCAAUCAUCAAUUUCAUCAGAAUCUUCCAAUUCAUCUACUUCAUCUGAUCCACAAACAACGUCAUCAACGACAAAAUCCUCAUCAUCAGCAACAACAACAGCAGCAGAUAGUAAAAGAGACCAAUCACCAAAUAAUAAAAAAUAUAAUAACAGAGUGAUAUCAACUACUAAAAGAGCAGAACAGAAUCGUAAUGCCCAAAGAGCAUUCAGAAUUAGAAAAGAGAAAUAUAUUAAAGAUUUAGAAGAAAAAGCUCAAGAAGUUGAACAAUUAAAAACUAGAAUACAAAAUUUAGAAGCAAAAAACAGAGCAUUAACUGAUUAUAUAUGUGAAUUACAACGUCAAAUGCUUCAUACUACCAAUAAAAAUGAUUCUUCUAAUCCUAAUGCUCCUAGGAGUAAUGUUGAGAUUGUAAAUGCUAAUUCUAUUAGUGGUGGAAAUAUAGAUAUUCAUAAUCCUUCAAAUGUCCUGUGA